CCUUGCAAAACGAGUAGUUACCAAAUCCUGAUCAAUACCAUACAUGGGCGUAAUUAACCUGUUUCGCUGACUUGACCCAAACGGACAUGGAUGCCAAGUCUGCUGACGCUGACUUUAUCUUCCGCAUCUUUACAGCGUGCCAACAUGAUAUCCUUACCAUUGUGAUAGAUACUCGGCCACAUAAAGAAUUUAAACAAUGCCACAUUGCUGGAGCCUUCUGUGUGCGCCUUUCAAGCAAUGGCCAAGUGCUCGCAGACUAUAGCGCGUCUUCAUACAACAUUAAAUGGUCCCAAGACUGCUGGUGGGGUCGCAACGUGCUCGUGUACGGCGACAGCGGCCUCAAACGCGACCACCCGGUCAUUCGCUUCCUAGCCACCCAGGGCAAGUGCCGCAGCCUGCACUACUACAAGGAUGGGUUCGAGGCCUUCCAGCGGCGCUACCCCUUCCUGUGCACCGCCUCCGUCAAAGCCAUCAGCAUUAAAAAGUACCCCUCCCAGAUCCUGCCCGGCCAGCUCUACCUGGGUGACUGGGAGAACGCGUGCGACACGGAGAGGCUUGCGGAGCUGGGGGUUCGCCGCAUCCUGACCAUCCACAACCACCCCGAGAACCUGCGCCCCCCGCCGCACAUCACCCACCUGCGCCAGCAGCUGCCGGAUGUGGAGGGGGCGGACAUAUCCGCGCUGUUCGCGCAGGCGUUCGACUUCAUGGAGGAGGGGCGGGAACGGGGGCAAGCUGUGUUGGUCCACUGCGGGGCGGGAGUGAGCCGCAGUGCCACUCUGGUGGUCAUGUACCUGAUGCGACGUAACGCCUGGAGUGCGGCGCGCGCGAGGGAGUUCGUCACGCAGCGGCGCAGCGCAGUGGCCAUCAACGACGGGUUCUGGGCGACGCUGUGCGCGCUGGAGGGGUCGCUGGGAAUUGCGGAGAGGAGUGACCCCACCGCCACCUCCAACUUCCGAGGCCUGGACGCCCCUCCACCCCCCGACUCCUCCAACCAGCAGCCUCCCUUCCAGCAGCCGCAGUUGCAGGUGCAGCUGAGCAGGGAUGCGGCGGGGGAGCGGGUGGCGGUGCGGAUGGUGCCGGCAGCGGGAGGGGGCAAGCGGCAGCGAGG